AUGGAAGAGGAGAUGAAGGUGUGGAUGCAGUCGAAGCUGUUGAAGUUGAGGAGGGAUGAGGUCACAGCCGGCGGACCCCCCUUCGUCAUAUCUACCCGGGAAAAUAAGCACCCGGAACUAAUAGUCAAGUUGACGCCUAAGCUAUUACUCGCCAACAUGGCCAUCUUUCAUACGUCCUCGGCCAAUUCCCCAAGACGGUCGAUUACAGCACACCGUGGCACCUACGCGAGCAAUGAAGAUGAGGAAAUUGACCUUUAUGAUAUUUCUGAGCCCUGGGACUAG